UCAAAAAUGAAGCGUUUGAGUGACGCAAGUUUUUUUCUUCUCACAUUGUGUGUGAGUGUAUCAACGAUCACAAUAAAAUGUGAUCAAAGGUACUAUGGCAAUUCUGAUGAGAAAUGCACGUUACGAGGCUUGAAUUUUUCCUCUACUGAAGUCGAAUCGUUCGAUUUUCCAGUGUAUGCAAGUUUUGAAAUGAAAGAUUGCUUUGCAAACUAUCUUUCCCCGGCAAUAAUGAAACGCAUGCAAUGGGUAAGCACACUUUCCAUAACCGGUGGUGCUGUAUCGAAAAUCUACCUAAAACCGGAUUUAUUCAUUUUGAAAGCUAGUGGAAGUAAAACAGUGGAAAUAGUGAUAGAUAAUAUUACUGACAAUAAGAGCCUUGUCCGACUAGAAAUCGUUUCAAACUAUCUUAUCGCGGUUCCCAGCAAUAUAAACCAGCUGAAGUCACUGUCGAAAUUGAACCUUAAAUAUAACAGGAUUCAAUAUUUGAACUUAAGUGACUUUAUCGGAUUAGACAAUCUCACAGAAAUAGAUUUAUCUGGUAAUCGAUUAUAUGCUAUCAUGUCUAACCGGAAUGUCAAUCUCGGAAAUCUUGUAACUUUGGAUGUAUCAAACAACUUAUUAGCAGAGUUGGACUUUACGAAUUGGAAAUUAUCUACAUUGAAGACUUUAUCUGUCAAAGAAAAUAGUUUACGGUUUAUUAAACAGUUUGACGAAAAAACAUUCCCGUCACUCGUACAACUUACCCAUUAUAAUAAUCUGUGGGACUGUCGCUGGAGUAAUAGAUUCAAUUCGGUGUUUCUUCGCGUGACAAACAUUGGUAACCAAGCGAACUACGGAGAUUAUACCACGACAGCCGCCUAUGACUACGGCUAUGGAUCAACUGCGACUGCGGCAAACAAUUAUGCAUCAAUUGCAGACCCACUUCAGUGCUCUAAAUCUACUCAGUUAAGUGCCAGCCUUUAUCGUCAACUCAAUUUGACGGCUAUCGAUGACGAAGAGUUCAAAGUGGACAACCUAGAGGAAGUGGAGGAUCAACUGCGUCUGGUUGUAGAGGACACCAACAAACAGGCAACAAAUUUUGACAUUCUGAAGCAAACAGUCAUCGUACAGCAAAACCAGAUCACUGAACUACUGACACAAACACAGACACAACAAAGCCUGCUCGAUAGUUUGAACAGUAAAAUUCAGUCUCUGGAAGAGCAGCUGCAGAAUACAAUGUCGUCACAUAGCUGUAGCAGAAUUUCGGAAGUCUUCAUGGAAGAACUUAUCAUGAAAAUUUCACAUGUAAUUAGAAGAACUUUUGGUUACAAUUUUCAUGCAUAGCUUUCAUGGAAUGUUGCUUUCCAGUCCAGCAA